AUGAGCGCGAACGAUGAAGAGGAAAUCUUGGUCGGUGAACUUGAAAGACAACAAAAGAAGCGAAGGCUCCCGAUCAGUCCCAGAGCUGCCGUGUUGAGUUUGAGGCGAGAGUCGAUUCUCUGGAGGCGACUCUUCGAAGAUAAGGAUGGUGACUUUUCUGGAUCCAAGGCCUUAUGCCGGGAUCUCGAGCUUUCCUUCCGAAAGGUUUGGCUGAGGUUGUACACGAGCGGUGCAGAUGAGAAUUACUCCAUGGCAUUGAAGGAAUUCGUCAAGGCUACGGUCAUGGCCUUUGACCGAGGAUACUCCAUCCAAGCAUUGAUCUUCGAGCUAGGGCGGCAUGAGAUGGAAACAGGGGAUCCGAACAUCGACAAGACCAUCCGGCUCACCGAACAAGAAAGAGACGUGCGUGAGCAUUCAAGGGUGACUUACAAAGUCCCUCAGGUUUGGCUCACCUUGAUCUACUUGACGCUACAUCGUCUCCAGUACAAGUCCAAGUCAGGAGAAAGCCCUCCCCUGCCCGAAGACACCCGUGCGCUCCAGGCGCUAGUUCAAAACACUUGCAAUGCUCUUGAAGCUGGGUUUACGUUGGAGGGGCUGAAGCUUGAACUAUCUUUGAGGAAAUCGCAAGAAAAUCAAGAGACGAUGACUCCUGUUCAGGUCUCAGUGGACAAGAAUCAUAUACUUGACCAAUGA